AUGGGAGACGAACAAAGUGGGAUACCCGAGGCACCAGGCAUGGAAAUGUCGCACGUGGACAGCCAAUACGCUACUAGCAACACGGGGUUUAAUCGCCUGACUGAAGAAGCGGACUCAGAAAGCCCAGUAUAUCCCUCGGGAUUGAAAUUAGCACUUGUAUUUUUCGCUCUGUGCUUGACUGUAUUCUUGGUGGCACUGGAUCAAACCAUCAUUGCUACUGCAAUUCCAACUAUUACCUCCCAAUUCCACAGCGUCGAAGACAUCGGAUGGUAUGGCAGCGCAUUCCUCCUCACAAACUGCAGCUUCCAGCUCUUUUUUGGCAAGCUAUAUAGUUUACUUUCACUCAAAUGGACCUUUGUCGGCGCCGUAAUGGUCUUCGAAGUUGGCUCUGCCAUUUGUGGCGCGAGCCCUAACUCCGUCGCCCUCAUUAUCGGACGAGCCAUUGCCGGAAUUGGAGGCGCUGGUAUUUUCUCAGGUGCUUUGAUUAUCAUUGCCAAAUCAGUACCUCUUUCGAAGAGACCAGCCUUUACAGGAAUAAUCGGUGCAGUGUGGGGUAUAGCAAGUGUUAUUGGUCCCUUGUUAGGAGGAGCUUUUACAACUCAUGUCUCUUGGCGCUGGUGCUUCUACAUUAAUCUGCCAAUCGGUGUUAUAGCCAUUCCUGUCAUUCUUCUUUUCCUCUCCUCGCCAAAGCCGGAAAACAGACCGAAGCCGGAAGGCUGGGCUACCUUAAGCCAAUUUGAUCCCGUCGGGACGAUCCUUUUCGUUGCAAGCAUCAUUUGUCUUUUGAUUGCACUCCAGUGGGGAGGGACCACAUACCCUUGGAGUGAUGGCCGCAUAAUUGCCCUGUUGACGGUAUUCGCGGUGUUGAUUAUCCUUUGGGUGGGAGCACAAUGGCAAAGCGGCGAAAAUGCCACAGUACCCCCUCGUAUUCUGCGGCAGCGUACAGUUGCCUGCUCGACGUUUUAUAUUUUCUUUGCAAGUGCGUCGUUUGUCUUACUGAUUUACUAUCUGCCAAUUUGGUUUCAGGCAAUCAAAGGCGACUCUCCUGACCAGUCAGGCAUCCAUAACCUUCCCACUGUUCUGAGCGUCGUGGUAUUUGCAAUAGCGAGUGGCCUGGGAGUCUCAGUCGUGGGAUAUUACACCCCAUUUAUGAUCGCAGGUUCGAUGAUCAUGGCAGUUGGCGCUGGUCUAUUUCUCAUAUUUAAAGUUGAAACUCCGAUGUCGAUGUGGUUUGGGUUCCAAGUCAUCUUUGGUGCAGGUGGUGGUAUUGGAAUCGAGCUUGCGAACAUUGCUGUUCAGACAGUUCUUUCCGAGAAGGAUGUCUCCAUCGGGACAUCUUUGGUGGUCUUUGCUCGCUCUCUUGGGGGCGCCAUAUUCGUCUCCGUGGGCCAGAAUGUUUUUAGCAACCACGUAGUCGCCGGAAUGCGCGCCCAGGUCCCUGAGCUAGAUCCAUCUGUUGUCCUUCAGUCUGGAGCGACGGAUCUUCGUCGCACAUUGAUGCAAGCUGCUUCGGGCCAGGCCGUGGAGGUUGCUACUCAGGUUAUGGAGAUUUACAAUAACGCGAUCAUCCAGACCUUUGCAGUCGCGUUGGCCUUAGCAUGUGUAUCCAUUGUUGGCGCCGUGGGGGUCGAAUGGCGAUCCGUGAAAAGCACUCACAAAAGGCCAAAGUCGGAGGAAGUUCAGGGACACGCGUAA